GAUAUGGAUAUGGAUAUAUGUGUAUGUAGAUAUAGAUAAAUAGCUAAUGUGCUGAUUAGUUUUACUCCCUCUUUUCUCUUUAUUUUUUCAUUAGAAAAGUUGGUUCUCAGGGUAAGGGUAGGAGUAGGUAGACAUUAGGAAAUGAAGGAUUUGCUGAGUCAAAUGAUACCAAUACAACUUUUUAAUAUGAGGAAAGUAAAAAUCUUUAGAUUUUAUAAAGGAACAUCUUUCAUUGUCUAGGUGUAUUAGGCUCAGAUAUUGUUUUAAAAGAUUAUUUAAUUGUCUUUAAAAUGUUAUUGCAUAGUUAUGGCAGUUAAAUCCUAAUACAGACUUCUGGUGAUAGAUAUUAUUAGUAAUUGUAUUAGUAGUGGAAAAUUAAGCAAACCAAACAACUGCAGUUCUUUUUAUCACUAUUGCAAACACAUUGCCCUUCCUUGUUAUAACUUAGCUUGUCACUUGAAAAAAAAUGUUUUGUGUUACCUAUAUUUGUAUCCAUCUUCCUGCAAGUGCAGAUUAAGGAUGGGAGCCAUAUAAUGUGCUGACCACUUGAGGAGGAAGAGCUUAAAGUUUUGGCAAAGUGUUUUGUCUUUGUGUAUGUAUAUAAGUAUAGAUGGAAGAUUCUACCCAGAAACGCAUAAUCCAGAUAACAGGAUUUAGAGACAAAGAGAAAGAAGAUCUAACCAAAUUGCUUUUAAAACUAGAUUGCAUUUUUAUUAAGAGUAAGCAAUACAGAAAUUGCACACAUCUCAUAGCAAAGCAUGCUUGUAAAAGUGAAAAAUAUUUAGCAGCUUGUGCAGCAGGAAAGUGGGUACUAACUAAGGACUACAUAAUUAAUAGUGCCGAAAGUGGCAGAUGGCUCAAUGAAACAACUUAUGAAUGGGGAUAUAAAAUUGAAAAAGACUCCCAUUAUUCACCUCAAAUGCAAUCUGCACCUAGAAGAUGGCGCAAAGAACUGACAAGCACUGGUGCUCCAGGGGCCUUCCACAGAUGGAAAGUUGUCCUCCUGGUUAAAGAAGGUAGUAAAGGAAGAGAUUCUCUUGCAAGAGUCCUAAAUGCUGGAAAGGCCCAAGUUUUUCUACCAAGUAAUUCACCAAGUGGAAUUACUCAUGUGAUCUCCUCGGAUACAAAUCUAAGUGCAGAAGAAGCCAAGUACACCUUUGAAGCUCCCUGCUACCCAGUACAGUGUCUAGUAGAUUUUCUAUUUUUUGAGAAAGAAUUUCGGAAUGAUGAAGAUGUUCAAAGGAAUUCUCUUUUAAUCAAACAUUCUAAAGAAGGACAAAAAGCCACCAAUUCCAGGACUGGAUAUGAACUUGCUGACCUGAAAAAGGCAUUAAGAAAACACAUAUGUAGAGUGGAGGCUAUGAAAUACAAUUGCAUCAAAUUAGCUAAAAGUACAGGGUCCAGUACAGAGGUUAAAAACACUGAACUUCCCAGAAAUGUGUGUAAUAUAAUUGAAAUCCUCAUUGAAGGGCAGUUCUUUGCAGAAGCAGUUGAGGAACUGAUUUUUCUACAAUCACACUACAUCCCUCCAAUCUGUCUGCUUCAUGCUCUUCUGAGCAACAUGCUACAGGGUAACAUAAAGACCUUGAUUGAUCGAUACUUCCGUGUUCUGUCAGUUCUUCUGCAUCUUCAUCCUCCUUGGGAGUCUCCUGCCAUGUUGAGUUAUUAUCUGAAAUUUUUUCAAUGUCCAAAUUGUAUGAAAGGAACAUGGUCUUUUGUAGAAGUACUUAUCAGGUCUUGCCUCUUCAGUGAAAGUUUUUGUCACCCAAUUCCAGAAGGAGUUGUGUCCAAGAUGCUCAAGCCGUCAUUACUAACAUUCUUGUUCAAGCUAAUGAAAAGCGAAGUCCAGCAUCUGAAUCACAAGUUAUAUGAAGAGGCAGAUUCUCAGAGCCUAAAAGUCCCAGAACAGGCUUUUCUUCUUGAAACCUUCUGGUCUGGAAAUGAAACCUCAGUAUUUUUUACCGAGCCAAUAAUUAUGCUUUUGGAUUGGACUGUAUAUUCUCAAAAACAAAAAUUCAGAUCUAACGAUGCCUUCAAAAAUGAAAUGGCUUAUCUGUUGAUUGAGAUUCUUGGAGCAGUAGUAGAAUAUUGGAUAUUUCUUGGUCUUAAGAAGGACAGAAAUGUGAUACAACAUAUGUCUGCUCUAGGAAAUUAUGUUGCUGUUUCUUGUGAUGAUUUUUCUUCAGAAGAGUUAAAGAGUUUCAUUAGUUCCUUAUCUUCAUCCUGGCUUCAAAUGUUCAUUGCAGAGUCAGUCUUUAAAAAGUUAUGUUUACAGAGCUGUAUCAGUAUUUCUCCUGAACCACUCUCUCUUCAGAAAAUGGUAUGUGCUUAUUUGCCUGCAUUGGGAAAAGUUGGUAUGCUUGAAUCAAGAAAGGGGCAGAAACGGAAGAAGUUGGGACAUUGGGUUGGCCCUGACUCUCAGAGGGCCCUGAAGAUGUUAACUGGUGGUGAUCAGAACCAAGCCACGGUCCUGCCUGAGGCACCUGAGCUGAAGCAUUCUUUGUCGUUAAAAAGGUUGCAAAAGAAACGGGAAGGAGAAUUGUCAUGUUCCAAAGAGAAUUGCCGCUCUUUGCUUCCAAAAAUGCAUUUUCACAAGACCAAUUUAAGAGGAGAGACAGCCCUGCAUAGAGCUUGCAUAAAUAACCAAGUGGAGAAAUUGAUUCUUCUUCUCUCUUUGCCAGGAACAGAUAUUAAUGUUAAAGACUAUGCUGGCUGGACGCCUUUGCAUGAAGCCUGUAACCAUGGCAACACAGUGUGUGUCCAGGAAAUUUUGCAACGUUGUCCAGAGGUAGAUCUGCUCACUCAAGUGGACGGGGUGACUCCUUUGCAUGAUGCACUGUCAAACGGACAUGUAGAAAUUGGCAAGCUGCUACUCCAGCAUGGGGGCUCGGUGCUUCUUCAGCAGAGGACUUCUAAAGGAAAACUGCCUUUGGAUUACGUUUUAGCUCCCCAAAUCAAAGAAGAUCUCCUGGCCGUCCUACAAGUCCAAGGUUCCACCGAGGACCUUCAUGCACAAGCAGAGGAACAUUUUUACCAGCAGCAGAUUGAAUUCGGCUCAUUCUUAUUUGGUAGAAUGCUGUUGAAUUUUUGUUCAAUAUUCAACUUGUUUUCAAGCUUCUCUGUUUUUAAGGAGUUAACUCAUCUACAUGAAAGACUGUUUACUUCUCCUAGGACUUGCAAGGAUGCCACCAGUGUGCAUACUGACUGGAUUAUGGAUCUCUAUGCUAGAGAUCUUGUGACAUUGCAGAAGCUCCCAAGUCUCCUUAAGGAGAUCCCUGAGAACUUGAAAGUGUUUCCUGGAGUUCAGACACAGGCCUUACUGAUGACACUAAAGACUAUGCUAGAUCAGUCAGAGACUUUUCAUGGCACUAGUUAAUAUUUAUAGACUUUCUAAAAUAGUUUAAAUCCAAAUUUAUAGACACAGUCUUUGACAUAAUUUUUUUAGAGGUGCUUAUUAGAUAACUUCUUUUUCAGAAAAAAGUAUGUUAACUCUGCUCUCCAGAAGAGAAAUGUAAAUUAUUUACAAAUUGAAUAGCAGUUUAAAAAAUUAUAUUGUGUUUUUUAAAAAUGAUUCUUAUUUGUGCUGUAACCCUCUUCAUCUAAGUAUUUAUUAAAACCUAGUGAAAUUA